CGGGGCCGCGGGAGCCGGGCGGGCUGCGCGCCGGGUCUGGCCCUGCCCUGCGGCCCGGCCUGGGCGUACAGGGCCUCUGGGCCACGCGCCCGCCCAAAGGCUGCGGGUCUGGUCGCCCUGUGUGGACCCUAAAAAGCGCCUUGUAGUCUUUUGAAGCGCCUUGACAUCUCGGAAGGGCUCUGUAUCGCAAACUAAAUCGAAGCGCUUUGUAAUCCCGGAAGCGCUUUGACAUCUCCCUAGUAGCGCUGUGCAAGCUGAAGCGCUUGGCGAUCGCGGAAGCACGUUGUGGGUUUGGAAACCCAACCGACGCCCUUAGUAAAUCUUGGAUCGUUUUGACUAAGACGAAGCGCUUUGGAAUCGCGAACAGUCGAAGCGCGUUGGCAUCUCCGAAACCUUGAGAACUGUGAUGGGCAGUGGAAAGAAGGGGGAAAGGUGCCCAUGGCGUCGGAGCGGCGCAAGGUCAAGUACCACUGGAGCAGCACUUCGGAAGGGUGUCCCCGCAAGCGCAGCUGCCUCCGGGAGCCCGGUGAUGUGGCCCCCUCCAGCCGGUCAGCUCGUAGCUCUGCACCGCGUUCAGGAGGGACCGGCAGCCCCAAGCGCCUGAAAGCCCAGAAGCAGGACGAUGUGGCCUGCACCCCGAGGUUGCCCUGGGGCUCUUCCUGCCGCAGAAAUUCCUCCUCCUCUUCCUCCUCGCAUUCCUCUGGCCCAGGUGUGGGCGGGGCUGCCUCCAAAGGCUGCCUGAUUCGGAGCACACGGGGAUUCCUUUCCUCCGGAGGAUCCCCCCUUCGCUCUGCUGACUCCUCUCUAGAAGAAAUGGCUUCUCUGGAGGAGGAAGCCUGCAGCCUUAAGGUUGAUUCAAAAGAGAGUUCUCGUAACUCCACAAACUCUGAAUUUGCAGCUGAAGCUGAGGGUCAGAAUGACACAAUUGAGGAACCAAACAAGGUGCAGAAAAGGAAGAGGGAUAGGUUUCGAGACCAAGGCUCUACGGUGAUCUACCUGAAGGCUCUGCAGGGCAUCCUGGGAAAGUCGAUGCCGAAAAGGAAGGGAGAGGCUUCCCCCAGGGCAAGCCCGAGCGCCGGCGGGCGUCCCAGCCGUGGAGAAGGGCCGGGGGCCAGGAGUGCUGCCACGUCUCCUGCUCAGGAAGGGAAAGAGGCAGCCCCAGAGGUGAGAGCGGAGGAGGAAAAGGCGGAGCCAGAGAGGACCAGCUUCUGCGACAGGAGAGUGGUGAUAGACCCCGAGGAGAAACCCAGCGAGGGGACACCUGGUGACCGCAGGACAGUCGUUGACAAGCACUCUCCCCCGCUGGGGUGCUGGGAGGACUCUGACGCUCACACGGAAAGCCAGAAGCCUGGGGAGAGGGACGUGGUGGUGGAGCGCGCCUCUUCCGGGAGCGACUGGUCUGACGUGGACGAGGUCUCCGCAGUCCGCUUCUCUCAGGAGGAGCCCGGCUCGCCGAAAGUUCCAGAGCCCGCCGCCUUCCCCGCCGACUAUGUCAUGUACCCGGCUCACCUGUACAGCAGUCCGUGGUGCGACUACGCCAACUACUGGGCCGGCAGCCCCAAGCCCUGCGCCUUCCCGCCCGCGGGCGGCGGCCGGGGCCUCCCGAGCGACCGAGCCGCUCAGCCCGCCGCAGGCUCCCGGAGCACCUCCAGGGACCAGGGGGCGGCCGAGGAAGGCACGUCCCAGAGCUCCCGCUCGUUCCACUUCUCCAGGAGCCCAGAAGAGGCGAAGGAGGAAAGAGGGCUCCAGGAGGAGACAACAACGCGUCCCUGCGGAGGCCACGCGGCCGGCCCCCUGCCGAGGAGCCAUCGGGGGUCAGGCCUGGAAGAGGGGUUCAUCGAUACCCACUGUCACUUGGACAUGCUGUAUUCCAAGUUGUCUUUCAAAGGGUCCUUUACCAAGUUCAGAAAAAUUUACAGCAGCUCCUUCCCUAAGGAGUUUCAGGGCUGCAUCUCUGACUUCUGUGAUCCGCGGACGCUGACCGAUUGCCUGUGGGAGGAGCUUCUGAAAGAGGACCUGGUGUGGGGGGCCUUCGGCUGUCACCCGCAUUUCGCGCGGUACUACAGCGAGAGUCAAGAGCGAAACCUGUUGCAAGCCUUGAGGCACCCCAAGGCCGUGGCGUUCGGGGAGAUGGGCUUGGAUUACUCGUAUAAGUGCACCACGCCUGUCCCAGAGCAGCACAAGGUGUUUGAGAGGCAGCUGCAGCUGGCCGUGUCCCUGAAGAAGCCCUUGGUGAUCCACUGCCGGGAAGCCGACGAAGAUCUGCUGAACAUCAUGAAAAAAUUUGUGCCCUCAGAUUACAAGAUCCAUAGGCACUGCUUCACUGGCAGCUACCCCGUCAUCGAGCCCCUGCUGCAGCACUUCCCCAACAUGUCUGUGGGCUUCACGGCAGUCCUGACCUACUCCUCGGCCUGGGAGGCCCGGGAAGCGCUGAGGCACAUCCCGCUGGAGAGGAUCAUCGUGGAGACGGAUGCUCCCUACUUCCUGCCCCGGCAGGUGCCCAGGAGCCUCUGCCAGUAUGCCCACCCGGGCCUGGCCCUGCAUACAGUCCGCGAGAUCGCGCGCGUCAAAGCUCAGCCGCUCUCCCGCACCCUGGCCACCCUGCGGGAGAACACCAGCCGCUUGUACAAUCUUUAAGCGGAGGGCGUGCCAUCCGGAGAACAAGGUCAGACUAGAAAAGGUCAUAAAGAUCGCAUUGUAGGUUCUUGAAAAAUCAGCACGAAGAGAGGUUUCUCUGCAUUUUCUUACUGGAGAGACUAUAGACCGUAGGGCGAGCAUUAAGCCUGGCCCGUCUUGAGUGAACUUGCUUUGGGACCUUCUUUUCUCUUCCUCCCGCUCCAGGACGACCAGUGGCCUGACGGAGGAUGGGCUGCUUUGCUCUCUGCGUGCACGUCCCGGGUCAGGGAUGUGUCUGGAGGGAGCCCCUUGAUGCGGAGGAAAGCAGGACAGGAUGCUUGCCCUGAAGCCCAAUCCUAAGGCUCCACUUCUGGCUGUGGGGGGGGGGGGGUCAGCGAGCUCACCUCUCUGAGCCCUGGUGCUCUGUAGCUGGUGGCAGUCUGCACAGAUCCUCCCCUGCUCGCCGGUGCCUGUGGUCUCGGCUCCUGGUUCUCAGUUCGAAAGAUGAACUCCCAAGCGGGAUGCCUCCCCGGGGGCCGUCCGCUGGAGCCCCCUCUCGGGAGUUUAUGGUCCUGUGACUAAGAAGCCCCCCUUCCUCACCUGGAUAACGCUUCAGGGUGGCUGUUUGCGCUCCUGCCCCGGCUCUGCUUCAGCAAAAGGAUGGAAGACAGGGCCGCUGGUCCCACGCGUUCUUCCGCCGUCAGUGUGGAGGGCCGGGGGCCGCUCCCUGUGCAGGGGAGGUCCUGGCCAGUGGAGACCUGGAUGCACAGGGGACUCCAGGAAGAGGCCUUUGGGAGAAAGAGGACCCCCGAGAAGGUGUUUCUGCUUACGCACGCCCCCCAGGGCUACGUCUCGGUUGUGUUACCUGGGUAAGGGUUCCACGGGUGGCAGAUGCCACCCGCUAGUCUGCUGUCGGGGCGUCCCAGCCGCCCGUUGCUCCAUUUUUGCCCCAUUCUCCUGGAACGCUGGACCAGGACUACUUCUGUUGCAUCCCGUGUAACAGCCCCUGCGUGCCCCACCUCGGUUGAGCGGUAAACCGGUGUAGUUCUUCACAGCUGCGCUGGGGCUGCUCCGCCACGGUGUUGGCUCUGCAGAACAGCAGGCCUGGCGCCUCUGCCUUUCCGUGCCUCCCGGGGCUCUCCCUGCCUUUGCCGCCUCUGUGUCCUUCCUCCCACGCUGGAAGUGCGUGCCUCUCCCCGGAACGGUGAGAAGCAGGGUCAUCACGUUCGAAGCUGUGCUCUGCCCCCUGCUGGUCUGUGUGUUACAGGCCCUGGAGGGUUAUAACGGUCAAGGGUGAAGUGUGAGGACACUGUGCACUUUGUUGAAAACGAUCCUUCACCGCCAUCUCCCACGGGGAGACGGGACACCCUCUGUCCUUGUCUGCUUCUUGGAGGCCGGUGGCUUAAUACGUAAAGUCCAUCACUUGACGCCGGAUUUCUCCAGGUUUUUUUGGAAAGUGCGUUUGAGCCUCGUAAGCUAACAGGGAAUGGAUUUAACAUCUCCCGUCUGGCUUUUCUGUCUUGCCCCCGUGCCCGCGUCACUGGCCUGGGAAGCAGGCCUCCAUUCACUGUUGACCUUACAUGGGUCAGCUGCGUGUCAUCUGUGGGGAGGCGGGGCUUACGCUUCUGCUUGGAGGACAGAUGUCCAGAGCGCUCUCUUGUCACCCAAGUGACCUGCAGCCUGUACGCCCCCUUUACAACAGGCUUGUCAGUCCUCACUGCGCUGGGAGCGGACUGGUCCUGCGCUAGAGGCACAUCCCAGCCUGUGCAGUCUCCCUGUCAGGGGGAAGCACAAGGUGCUAUAUGUACUGUCCUCUCUAGGAUGUAAGACGAUCACUUCUGUGCUGUGACACAGUGGGACACGACCCAUGUGGGCGGUGAAAGCUGGUGGGCGUUGUCUUUGACUUGAUGGCUGCCUUGAUUGUUCCCACUGUGCUGCUGGAAUGUGAAUGCCUCUGUACGUCCCCUACCCCUGCCCCUCGUGGCCAUCUCGUUCUGAAAAUAAAGUCCUGGGUCUCCA